AUGGAAACGAGUUCACGUCGUAAAGUAGGUGAAGAUCGAGCCAUCUGUCCCACGGCAUUCAACGCAAGGCUAAUGAGCCUGCAGGCUUGCGAUCUCUGCUUCAAGAAGAAGAUUAGAUGUGACUCUCUGAAGCCUUCGUGCUCGAAUUGUCUGCUGUAUAAGGUGCCAUGUGGCACCACCACCAUACGAAGGCGAGCUGGCCAGGGCCAACCUCGGAAAGCGACUCCCGCAAAUCCACCUGAGGAGGAUAGCGACAAUAGUAGCCCCAAGCAAGACGACACUGUUCAAGAUCGUCUGGCGCGCAUUGAGGCCAAGGUGGACGACCUGAGGACUCGCAGUAGCGAGGGAUCCGUCGCUCAGAGUCUCGCACAUGAAGCAGCACACGAUUGUGAGAUCAACUUCUCUCUGGACGACGCACCGUUCGACACACCGUUCGAUGCAGCGCUUGACACAUCGAACUGGUCCGGGCCUAGGCGCCGCAAUGAGCUCGCCGUCCCGCCCAUGACCGAGGUCCUUCCCAUAGUUGACCUCUACUUCCAAUCCUAUAACACGGCGAUUCCAUUGUACCACCAGCCUUCGUUCAUGCGAAUGCUGAAUGAAUACUACUCUGAAGCAGGAGAGAAAUCGAGGGCCAUCGGCGCUACCAUCAAUAUUGUACUUGCCAUGGGCUAUCGCGCCCAGUUUGCCUUCCGCGAAGCUGCAGUCAACCAGUUCACCGACGCAAAAAUCAAGCAGUGCAUUGAUAAUGCACAGCUGGUGCUGGAUGAGCUCAUGGUGAGGGAGGAAGAUACCCUUGGCCUCCAAGUCAUAUUGGGUCUUGUUACUCUGUUCCAGACGCAUGCAGACCAGAAAGCAUCCGCUGUGCUCAUCACCACCGCCGUGCGACUUGCUCAUAGAUUACAACUCGAAUCGAAGUCUACCCUGGUAGACUUCCCGCCAGACGAAGCGCGUCAAAGGUCGAACGUCUUUUGGAUAUGCUAUUGGCUGGACAAGGAUGUAAGCCUUCGCACGGCGACUCCCUCGAUGCAGCUCGACUGCGAUAUCGACUUGGACCUCCCCGGAACGGAAUUCAGUGACGCCACCAGCUAUCUGCAAAGUAACGAUGGGCUUUCCCACCUCCACUACCUCCGUGCUAGGGUUCACCUUGCUCAUAUCGAGGGGAGAAUAUAUGACACUCUUUUCAGCAACAGGUCGAGGAAGCAAACCCCAGAAGUUCGUCAGCAAACUGUCAUAUACCUCGACGGACUCCUGAACGGCUGGCUUCAGACGAUCCCAGCACCACUGCAGCUGGGGCACAUUACAAAGAAUCUCAAAGAGGCCCCGCUCCUUCACAUGACGGCCCUGUAUCAGACGUACCUCAUAUGUCUUGUGAUGACGCAUGGCCUAUACUCGCUUCAAGCCCCCUGGCUGAAGACCCUCGGCGGACUUGGAAACUAUCUGCUUCGCAAAUUCAACACUCAGACGCAGCUUACUCUGGAUCUUCACCCACCGCCCAUGCCACAGCCAUGGCAACGCUGCGUGACGACUAGUCGAGAAAGCCUUCAGGUACUGGACAGUCAGAGCUAUGGUGGCUGCAAUGUUUGGCUUAGCUCUUGCGCCUACUUCUCGGCACUGGUAUUCUUGAUGGCCAACCUGUCGUACUUCCCGGCGCACGAGUUGGCUGAGCAGGACCGGAAACUCGCCAAAUCCUCGUUGGCCCAGCUGGAAAAGUACUUCGAUCGAAAGGGCUUCGAGUCUUACAGACACCUGAAAACCGUGCUCCACGGCUUGGAGAGCAUGGCGACAGCAGGCGCCAACCGUGCUACCAACUUCACGCCUUGGCAAUAUCCAGAGCCAACUAUGUCAGUGGAUUUUGCUGCCUAUGCACCGGCACAAGCUGAAAUAUUUGACACCGUCCUUGGGCCUAGCUCUGAUCAUCAACCCGUGACCUCGGCCUUUGAGCCUACAUGGCUUCAAGGCUCCUUCGAUAUUGAUUUUGCGGAUUUCGACUUCUCAGACAACCCUGGGAAUCCACCGUUUGGUGGAACAUUCGGCCGGUACUGA